GAGUGACACGUGACCAAAAUAAGAGGCGAUAAUUCACAAGUCACGUGACGACGAAGGGCGUAUUUAAUGUGACUGGCGGGAGACGGUGAAGCAGUUGUGUACUUGCCCUACUUCCGGUGUCGUGUUCGGACUUUAACUACUGGCUUGUGGAAAAAAAUGAGUUUCGGUGGCAAAGUGAGACAACACGACCCGGCGAGGUCCGACGAAAACGCCAAAGUGAGCGUAAAGAGCAUCUUCUUCUCCCAAUCCCCAAAGACUAUGUGCUCUUCCAGGCCGAUGCUGCAGGUCCUCCAACCCUCAGCUGUCAACAGACAAUUGGGGAAGUCAAGUCAGUUUUGUUUUCUGAAGGCUGGAAAAAGCAUCCCUAAGCGCAAACAGUGGAACGCGGAGCAAAGCAGAGGCCUGAAGAGAGUGAAGGUGGAAGUCAAAUCAACACAAACUGAUGUUUCCACUUUGAAGGAUGACUUGGCCAGUGACGCGUAUGAGCUUAUGGUGAAAGAAACUCCGCCUCUCGCCUACUGGAAAGAGGUGGCGGAGGAGCGUCGCAAAGCCUUGUUCGAUGUUCUACAGGAGAACGAGAAGUUGCACAAGGACAUUGAGGCCAAAGAUGAGCAGAUAGCUCAGCUGAAGGGUGAGAAUGACGAACUGCAAGAGCUGGCUGAGCAUGUUCAGUACAUGGCUGACAUGAUUGAGAGGCUGACUGGCAAGAGUCCCAACAACCUGGAGGAAAUGAGGGGACUGGCUCUUGGUCAAGAAACAGCCGAUGAAGUGAAUGAAGAGUCUGAUUGCAGUGACACAGAAAAGGAGCAAACUUCAGACCAGGACAAAAGAGACAAAGAGCAGGAUUGACUAAAGACACUACUGUAAGGAUUCUUGAUUCUAUAAGUAAAUUCUGUUUUUGAACAUAAAGGCAGGCCUUUGACAGAUUUAUGAUCCUAACCCCCACCUUGCACACUUUGAAUCAUAUUCCAAAUAAACCAAGUUGUAAAUUGUUGUAUAA